AUGCAAAAUUCACGGUAUUUCGUUUAUGAGAUAUUAAUAAAUAAAGUUGGACAAAGCAAAAUUAAAUAUAAAAUAGGUGAAGAUCAAAUACCAAGAUUCAUUUAUACAAAACAAAUUUCCCGUCCAGAUUCAACUUGUAUUGUUCAAAGAGAAGGAACCGGUGUACUGCAAAAUGUUCGAAUUAAUUCUAAUUCAUUUCAAAUAAAUAUAAAAAAUUCGUUUUAUGAAUCAAAAGGUUCUCAGAUAAAAGAUUUUGUUCACUUUAAUAUUAAUGUAAACGAUACAAAUACAAAUACAUUAGUUUAUUCACUUAAAAUGAAUGUGUUAAAUGGUCAAAAUUUAUUGACUAUCGAUCAGAUUCAAACAUCUUUAUUUCCUAAUAUGGUUGUUUACGCAAUAAUAACACCUCGUAUGAAAAAUUCAAAGAAUAUUGUUGCACAAGCAAUGAUAACUCAAAACGGUAUUAUUAAAUAUAUGACAUUAUUCCAGUUAAACAGAGGCAUAGUUUCAGUACAUCCGACAUCAAGUAUCGAUACAAAUUCCAUAAUCUAUUUUGGUUUUGAAUUAGAACAAAAUAUAGUUUACAGCGUUCAACCAAAACUGUAUACAUUCGGCUCUCGCUAUUACGUACUCGAUCAUAAAAGAUCAUUUCACUCACCGAAUAAUGUACAAAUAAAUAUUUUAGAAAAUACUGGACGAACAGUUCACGUGAAUGUCAGAGGUUUAUGUUUACUAUACAGCGAAGUCAAAGGAUUACUUAGAUUCAAAAAUGAGACUAUAAAAGCCCGAUACCAAUGCGAUGGUAGAACAAAUCAAGAACAAUUAGUGCGUGGUGAAUGUGUAAUGGUGUUUGAAAAUUUAAUACCUGAGCAAUUAUAUACAUUAACAAUUCGUAGUACAUGUGAAAUAUAUCAGACAAAACAAUUUCUCUAUGCUCCACCAAUAAAUUUUACAUUUGUGACAGAUAGCUCCUAUCCUGAUAUUCCAGAUAGUUUAGAAUUGAAGGGGAAAAGAAUUCAAUGGAAUAAUCAGUCGUAUUUAGGAUAUAAUCAUAGUUUCGACUUAUUUAGUUGCCAUAUUCCAACAAGUCAAGAUAUCGCUAAACUUCCAUCGAUUCAACGUUGCGCAAUAAAUUUAAAUCGAAUGAUUGGACGUGGAGCAUUUGGAGAAGUGUAUGCUGGCUUAUGGAAUCAACCGACUAUAGUGGUGUCAGAUGCAGAACAAAUAACUCUAAAUGCUGAAGUAGCUAUUAAGACAUUAUUAAAAACAGCCAAUGAAACUCAACGCUUAGAUUUUCUAAAAGAAGCGAUGAUAAUGAAUCAAUUUUCUCACAAUCAUAUUAUUAAAUUAUUAGGCGUUUGUCUUGAUGUUGAACCGAAAUUUCUUAUUUUACAGUAUAUGAAUGAAGGUGAUUUACAAAACUACCUUAGACGUUCUAGACCCAAUGUGACGAAACUUCAUCAAUUAUCGUACGAUGACUGUAUUGAUAUUGCUUUGCAAAUAGCUGAUGGCUGCUGUUAUUUAGAGAAUUUACAUUAUGUUCAUAGAGACUUGACUGCUCGCAAUUGUCUUGUUGAAUAUCGAAAUGGUCAACGUACAAUUAAGAUUGGAGAUUUUGGUUUAGCUCGCGAUAUUUAUCGUAAAAACUAUUACCGUAAAACUGGUGAAGCUCUGUUACCUGUUCGACGGAUGUCACCAGAAUCAUUACUAGAUGCUAUGUUUACCAUUCAUUCGGAUGUAUGGUCAUUUGGUAUUGUAUUGUGGGAAAUAAUAACAUUGGGUCAGGCUCCGUAUCAAGGAAUGAAUAAUCAACAAGUAGUUACCUAUGUUAGCAAUGGUUCGCUGCUUGAAAAGCCAAAAUUUUGUACAAGUACAUUGUAUGAUGUUAUGCGUCGAUGCUGGCGACGCAUUCCAAAAGAACGGUUAACAUUUAAAAUGCUAUAUCAGUUGUUGACGCAUAUGCUUGAUCCAGAAGCAGAAAAGCCAUCGAAAUGGUUAACAGAGGAUUUACAAUUAUUAUCAAAUGAAACAUGUUCAGUUAUGACAACUUAUAACUAUAAUUCAAAUACCAAUUUGCUUGCAGAUACGCUAUGUACCGAUAUAAAAAUUGCUAGUAUGGUAGUACCAAGUCGUAGUCGUUCAUCAUCUCGUUCGCCUCGAAAAUAUGCUGUCAAAAUGCGUGGUUUGCCAUUUCGUGUGGCUGAAAAUGAUAUCAAAAAAUUUUUUUCUUCAUUUUGUGAACCGUGGUCAGUUGAAAUAUUUCGUGAUCGUGAAACAAAUCGUCCCAAUGGUGAUGCAUUAGCUUAUUUUGAUACCGAGAAUGAUGCGCAAGAAGCAUUAAAAUUUGAUCAGAAAUAUAUAUAUUGUCGCCAAGACAAAAUCGAAAUGGAUCUCGAUCACACAGUCGAACAAGAACUCGAUCAAGAUCAGACAGAAGUAAAAUCGUGUAUUCACCUUGGCGAUUUCGGUACAUCAUUUGCACCUGCUGAUCCAAUUGAGUUAAUAAAUACAAUCUCGGUAUCAUCACAAAUCGGUUGUGCACAAACAUGUAAUGUGAAUUCCUUGUGUCGGACGUUCGAUUAUGAUACAUUAUCUAAACGAUGUCGACUAUUUGAAGGUGAAAUAACAACUGAUCAAGUGAAUAGAUCAACAGCUAUCUCACCAAUAUUAAGAGUUAGUAGUAUUGCAUAUACACAACAACUUUAUUUAGUCUAUAACCAAACAUGCAAUCAAUGUCAAAUAAAUCGAUAUUUAUUAUAUAUUCAUAAUACUUGUCAAUGUCCCCCACAUACAUAUUGGAAUGGAUCGAUGUGUUUAAAUCAAGGAUACAACGGUUCAUCAUGUCAAAACGAUGAAUGGUGUAGAAAUGAUAAAAAUAUAACAUGUUCUUCAUCUCAUUUAUGUGGUCAGUGUAUACAUUAA